UAGAGUUUAAUCGUUUCAUUUCCGUCUCGGGUUUCCCCAGGAGAAAGUGGCCUACAACUGUCACUAUAUAAACAGUGACAGGGGAAGGGCAACCAUGGCACAUUGAGAACAGACUCCUGCAGCCACCUGGUCUUUUCGUUUAAAAAACACAGUUGGAGGAUGACACGGAUGUUAGUUCUUUGCAUCUGCGGUUGCCUGAGUUUUGUAUGGCUGUCGUCAGCAAAGAGAUGUUUCAAUCAGAGGGGUGUGGAUCGGCGGGCUUCAAGGUUCAUCAUGAGCAUCCACUGCUUUAGGACGGCUGUGUCUGACAGCAUCCACCUGCAACGGCAAUGGGACAGACAGAGCUGCCCCAGCUUCCAACUCCACACUGGGUCUCUGUCAUCGGUGCAAUUCAACAACCGCUCUCUCUCCCCCUGGCGGUACAGAAUCGAUGAGAGAGAGGACAGGAUUCCUGCUAAAAUCCUGGUGGCUGAGUGUCUGUAUGAGGGCUGCAUCGUCAACAAGCACGAGGACAAGACAUAUAACUCUGUCCCCGUUCUGGCCACUAUCACCGUGCUCCAGAAGACUGUGUGCCCUGGCAACCCUCGACACUACCUGGUGACAGUCGACUCGGUCACCAUCCCUGUGGCAUGCACAUGUGUUGUACCCAGACAGAUGAUUUAAUCUCUUGGAUUAGGUUAAGUGUUACGCACGUGUCCAAAAUGGCACCCUAUUCCCUAUGUAGUGCACUACGAUACAUCCCUGUCCAAAAUGGCACCCUAUUCCCUAUGUAGUGCACUA